AUGGGGAAUAUCAGUAAACUUAAGCGUGGUCGCUCCCAUGUCACCCCGCGCCGCACAUGUCAAACCCUAACCUCCUCGAGCAAGGUCAAAGCUGCGUCAAUGCCGGACAAGUGCGAGAUCCGAUUUGAUGCCGAUCCCAUCCAAGGCGCAUCAGGCGGUCCAGGACAAGUCGCCCAAGUCUCCAAUUUUGAGCAGUACAAUGCCUACCUUGACUGGUUUUACAACUCUCAUAGAGGUCCUGCUCCUGUUGCAUCCCUUGCUGAUACUGCCUCCAUGUGUCUUGCUAAGGAGGCUGAGUUGAUUUGUGAAUGGCUGAGGCAUGGGCGCCGUAUUUUUACCGAUGAUGAGUACACCUUUUGCCAUAACAUCCGGGUUGCUGCUGCUGAACUUUUUAUUACCUGUCGGAAGUGGUCUUCUCAUAUUGCUGCUGCCCUUCUGGGUAUCAGAAAGGAGGCUGAGUGGUUGAUUGAGAACUUCAAGUGUAAUUUUGGUAAAUCCAUUAGUACGUCCAUGAAGAUUCGACAAUUUGCCUUAGAUUUUCUGUGGGAAAAGUUUCAUGAGCUUGAACCAUGUUAUGCGUGGGGAAAUGAGGAGAGCAGUGAAAUUGAAAUGGCCUCUGAGAGUGAUGAUGAUGUCGCUGAAAGCCAAGAUAACAACUACAUGGGGAAUUGCUAUGAUGAAGACUACUUGAAACUUUAUCGUUAA